AUGUCAUUCACAAUGGAGGAUAAUUUUGAGUCGGGCUGGGUCGCCGUUCGCCCACAUGCGUUUGACGAGAAGGAGAAACACAAAUUCGUCUUUAUCGUUGCCUGGAACGAAGUGGAAGGCAAAUUUGCCAUUACGUGUCACAACAGGACGGUGCAACGGAGAAGCUUUGGCGGCGGCAGCCGAGACCCACCGUCGGAGGAUGGAGACAAAACAAGAUGGGCCGGAAGUCCCGUCGGGGACAAAUUGUCCAGGAGCCCGGGCUCGGGAACAAGGGAGGCUGCGACGAAAGGCCUUAAAAGCCAGCUCCCGGGUUCCAAAUUAAGCCCUGUUAAGAUUAAAACUGUGGUCAACUAUGUGUCAUCUCACGUCACUUGUGAUCAAGAGACACAGCGAGAGGAGCUGCUGCACUCUGUGGACACCUUGGACCUGGAGGACAGUCUGAGCCGGGAGGACUGCAGCUGGGCGGGCCUCUUUUCCUUUCAGGACCUGCGGACGGUCCAUCAGCAGCUGUGUUCGGUCAACUCAGAUCUGGAGCCUUGUCUUCCCAUCUUUCCAGAGGAACCCAGUGGGAUGUGGACGGUGCUGUUUGGACCGGCUGAAGUCUCCGAAGCUGAGAUGGAUGGACUUUGUUCCAAGUUGCAACUGUACUUUGGCCACGCGCUUGAUAUAUGCGGGUGGAAGAUCCUCUCUCAGGUUCUGUUCACUGAAAAUGAUGAUCCAGACGAGUACUAUGAGAGCCUGAGCGAGUUAAGGCAGUGUGGGUACGAGGAGGCGCUUCGCCGUGAAAGUAAACACCUGCAAGAGCUUCUUGACAAACACAGGAGCAUGGACAGUAUGGUUGACUUGUUGGAGCUUUAUGAGGAGGAGGACCAGGCCUAUGGAUGCUUGUUGGAGGCCUCCACGCAACUGUACCAGUACCUGUUGCAGCCGUUUCGAGACAUGAGGGAGCUGGCCAUGCUGCGGAGACAACAGAUCAAGAUCUCCAUGGAGAAUGACUACCUGGGCCCAAGGCGCAUUUUUGCUCUCCAGCAGGAGGAUUCUGAUUGGCAGAGGAAAGCUCAAGAAGCUGUCCUUAUUAUUCAAGAAUUCACCGUAAAAUACUUUGAGACAACAGCUAGAGCUCAGAAAGGUGUUUAUGAACGUAUGAAACUGGACCAGCGCAAGUUUGGUAAGGCCUCAUGGACAGCAGCGGUGGAGCGCAUGGAGAGAAUCCGCUACUCGGUCGCCAAGGAAACACUGCAACUGCAAAGAGCCCGGGAGAUCAGCCUGGAGCAGCGGAAACACACCCUUCGAGAGGAGAUGCAGAGCCUGUGUAGCAGCGAGGAUGCAAUGACCCUCCUGGACCACAUGGAGUCACAGUACUAUGAGCUGCAGCUCCAGUUGUAUGACAUCCAGGCUGAAAUCCUUCAGUGUGAAGAGCUACUUCUCACUGCUCAGCUCGACAGCAUUCGAAGGCAAAUGACAGAGCAUCAGAACGAGGUGGUGUACUAUGACACAUUUGAAAGCGCCGAUGACAUAACAGAGGAGGACACUGCUGAGAAAGAAGAACUGCGCAGGCUUCAGGUCAGCACACGGCAAUUGGAAGCGCGAAGGGGACGCAUCUCCGCCAAACGCUCCUACCUCAAGAACAAGAGGGAGAUCUGUGUAUCGAACCACAUUAAGAAACAACAAAUGCGUCAAAGCACACAAAACGACUACGUAUCUCAGCAGGCCUUACAGUCGAAUUACGAUGAGGAGGAAGAUGAGAGAAAAAAUAGCCGAGUGCGUCAAGAGAGACAGAGGACUCUAGAUAGACUUCGCACCUUCAAACAGCGCUACCCAGGUCAGGUGGUUCUAAAGUCCGCACGAAUGCGUACGGCUCACAGCAGAAGGAGAGAGCGUGGCAGAAAUAUGCAAACGGAUGCUGAAGGUGAUAACGAGGAGCGUUCCGACCCGGGCCGGCGGCCGCUGUGCCUCAGCACCAGCGUGCAGACGGACCCCAGCUCCACGCUCACCUCCCAGCCCGUCACAAGCCUGGCGGCGCAGUCGCUACCUCCGUUGCCUGUGCCCAGUCCCGCGGACUCCUUCUGCUCUCCUUGUUCCCUGUCCUCGCUGUUGGCAUCCCCGGCCUCGCCGCCGCCUCCGCCCCCUCCUCUGCCACUCCUGCCAAUACGAGAACAGGUGUCCCCUUCAGAGAGCCCGGGCAGACGGCCGCAGAGGCCAGAGGAGCAAAGUGCGUCAGAGGAGCGCCCUCAUUCGCCGCUCGGCCCUUUCCAUCCUCGCUUCUUUGACAGCAGCCAGCUGGUGAGCGCCCGCAAAAAGCUGAAAAAGACUCCAGGCUUUGAAGCCCACGGACGACGAGGAAGCUCCCCCAUGGAUGAAGUACUGGCCUCCCUGAAGAGAGGCAGUUUCCACCUGAGGAAAGUCGACCAGCGGUCCAUCCCACCCGCUGCCCAGAGUGAUGACGACACCAACAGCAUCUUAGCUCAGAUCCGCAAGGGUGUCAAACUGAGGCAAGUCCCUCCGCAGGAAAGGAAAGGCCAAAAGGAGAUCUCUGCCUCAAGAGACCCUCUGACCAAGAGCAUCUAUGAGGCGCUUCGACGGAUAAAAGAAGCCUCGCCGGAGUCGGACUCAGAGGACGAUGGGCUGGGUGGGCCGGACUGGGAAACUUAA